GCAUUGCCACCUAUGCCGCAACAAAGUGGGAACUGCAUCCAAUCCUCCAUCAGGAACGUGCCUUUUCAAUUGGUGCGGCAACAACAGCUGCUUCUCAGUUCAUCAAAACAUUUGUAGCGUGCAGAAUCAGGGAUGCAGUACUUCAUUUUGCCGUCCACCACCGUCCGCCUGAACAAAGAUUGACAAAUGAGCACUACCGGAGAUGUGUUGCACUAGUUCUUCAAAUUUUCGACAAGGUUGACAAUGGUUGUAAGGCUGUGUACACAGAGUUCUUGUCGAUGCUGCUAUUUGCUGAACGAGCACAGACAAAGUUCCCAAAGACUGCUCGGAUGGCAAAACAAAUAGCCAACCUUAUUCCUCAUGCCACUUGUGAAUGUUAUCUCCCCUUCGCUUUGACAAUAAAGAUAUUAUUCCUACUUCUUUUUGCAAUCUUAUCACCUCUAACCUAAGAACUUUGUCUUGUAAAUAGUACUGGAGGUAAACACUAGUUCAAGGAAAAGGAAGAUAUUCGAAGAAGCUGCACCAAAACAUAUAUCCAAUAGAGGAACAGAAGCAGAAUGCAUACCAAGUUGCUCCACAGCAAUUCAUGUCACCCCUCUGCAAAUGGUUCCUCCUGCACCUCCUCAAGGUUGUAUCUCCUUUCAGCAUCACAUUGCACAUAUUAUAUAUAUUUAUUACUACAUUGUCCGCAGUACUAACAUGCCAAAUCUGGCUUGCAAAAGGCAUGGAGCUGAACACUAGCAGCAACAAAAGAAAUAUAUUGGAGGAACCUCCUGAAAAACAGGUAUCCAUUGGACAUAAGGCAGUACAAUCCACAGCAAACUGCUUUGCGUCAACUGACAACGCUAAUCUCCGCAUCCAGAUACCUCCAACAUCAACCGUGCAACUAGAAUCUCCACUUGGAGCUGUGCAAAAUUCAGACUACGGAAAUCCGGACAAAACGAAAACACCAAAACCAAGUUUACGUGCACCAGGACUGCCAGCUGUUAUUGGACGACUCAAUUUGAGUGAUGGCAGCUGCACCUCAACACGUCGUGAGCUUCAGUUCAGUAUUGCAAACAACCUAGAUGGCCAAAACGAUCCAGCUGAUCCAGUACAGAUCCCAUCUCCCAAAUGUCCCCGUACACCUUUCCAUUUCCGUUCCCAGAGCCAGAGUGAUACUAUAAGCGGAUCAAUUGGAUGGUCAAGUAAGCGAUCCCGAAUAGAUGUGGCAAGAAAGCUGGACUACAAGAAACACAAAACAUCACGUAUUUCAGAUGUCAUGCAACAAAUGGCUACUCCACAAGAACCAACAGCUCCAACUAUACCAUCCGCAUCUUCCAACUCCAAUUUCCAAGGCGAUAUAACUCCAGCAGCAGGCAUAGACUGUAGCAAACUCCAAGAGAAACAUGUGGAACUCAAGGCAUACAGCCAACGACGGGCAAAACAUACUACCCAAACCCAUAGUAAACAGCAACCUUCAGGUGACAAUGUAUUGUACUCUAGUGCUCUCGGUAUGCAUGUGGCAUCCAUGGAGUCAAGUUAUGGACACAAGACAAGCAGCACUGUUGAUGAAAUGAUCCUCACACAUUCAGAUUAUCGGACUUCCAACACACUCGCUGCGCCAAAAUGGGAUUCAAGUCCAACAUAUGCUCUGGGUGGCAGCUCAUCAGGCAUGGACCUCCUAGCAGCAGUUGCAUCAGGUAGCUAUGAUAGCAGCAUAGACCGUUUUGCACAUAAGAUCAACAGAAGCAUAUUUUCAUCUUCUAGCACGCGGCUGCCUCCAACAUCUGAAGCCGACGGAUCACCCUCAGAGAAAACCCACAAACCUGCUCGUGCACCAUUUCAAAGGUUAUCAGUAGAUGAGCCUGAUGUCUCUGACGUCUACACAACAUAUGAUACAAUACAGAAAUGAAAAUCCCAUGAGCUACGCAGGAAAUAUGUUACCCUCGAUCAUCCCUACUUGAUAGAGAUGAACGGGCAUGCGAUGAUAAGGAACUUUGGUGCGGGACAUGGUCUUAAAAGAGAUGGCAUGUCAGCACCAGUCCGAGUUUUCAACAUGAAGGACAACAAGCUAUACCCA